AUGUUAAAUAUUAUAGUUGUACUAUUAUUAUUAUUUUUUUCUAAUAAUGUUAUAGAUUCACGUUAUAUAUCAUAUUCUAAACCAAAUUAUUAUAAAACAAAUGACAAGAUACCUGUAUAUAUGAAUAAUGUUAGGUCAGGACUAUCAAUAUUUGAUUAUUAUAAAUAUCCAUUCCCAAAACCAAGUACAAUAGAAUAUAAACAAUCAUUUAUGUCAAAGUUGGCAGGUGAUUUAAAUUCAACUUCACUAUAUGAUGAAGUAAGUUUACAUACAUCAGUAGAUUGUAUAGCAUUAGGUAAACCAAUCAAUUAUACAUUAGAUGAUGUUAAUCAAUUAAAAUAUUUAAUUGAUAAACAUUUUAGAAUAAAUUUUUUUAUUGAUGAUUUGCCAAUUGGUGAGUUAUUUAAAAAUAAUAGAUUAGUAGAAUAUAAUAAUAGUAAUUCAAAAUCAUCAGAAAUAACAUCACCACCAUCAUCACCAUCUUCAUCAUCAUCUUCAUCAUCAUCACCAUCAUCAUCAAUAGAAGAAGAAGAUGAUGAUGAUACAGAGAAUGAUCAUAUUUAUUUAGGUCAUCCAAUUGGAUUUAAAUAUAAUUCAAAAUAUUAUUUAUAUAAUCAUUUAAUUAUAAUUAUAAAUUCAACAUCAACUAAAAGUGAUAAAGGAUUCUAUACGAUAAAAUCGGUUAAUGUUGAACCAUAUUCAUGUGUUGAUUGUAAAAUUGAUUCUGGUAUUGGUGGUGUUGAAAUUAGUCCAGAAUUAUUUGAUGAUGAUAAAAUCAAGCAAUUAACAAUUCAAUAUACAUAUUCAAUUCGAAAUCAUGAAACCACCACUACCAAUAGUGGUAAAUCAUUUCAAAGUUGGUCAAUUUAUUAUGUAAAUCAAUUCAAACUAUCAAAUAUUGAUAUAAUAAUGAGUUUUAUAAUAGUAUUGGCAGUUUCAGCUUGUUUAGCAAUCAUUCUAUUGAAAAUCUUUAGAAAAACAAAUAGUAAAACCUAUACACAAUUAUCACCAGAUGAUGGUGGUUGGAAAUCAAUUUAUGCCGACGUAUUUAGAUCUCCAAAUAAUUUCAUGACAUUUAGUAUCAUCAUUGGUUUUGGUGUUCAAAUCGUUGCAUCACUCUUUAUUCUAAUGGUAUUCUCUGUGGCUGGUUUAACUUCAAUCGCUACACCUGGUGGUAUGGCAAUUGCUUCAAUUUUAAUUUUCUCUUUUACUGGUAUUUUUAAUGGUUAUUCUUCAAUGAGAACUUAUAUAAUGUUAGGUGGUACUAGAAAAUUAUAUAAUUCUGUAAUUACAACAACAUUAAUACCAUUUACAAUUUUAUUAUUAAUGUUUAUUGGAUAUUUUCAAGUUUGGUCAAAUAAAUUUACAUAUGGUGCAUCAAUAGGAACAGUAUUUUUCAUAUUGGCAAUGUGGUUAUUGGUUUGUGUACCAUGUUCAUUGUUAAGUUCAUAUUUCGUUAGAACAUGGCCACCAGCUGAAUAUCCAGUUAGAAUUAAUCCAAUUCCACGUUUUAUUCCAACUGCAAAAUGGUAUCAAAAUCAAUAUCUUCAUAUGAUUCUAGGUGGUAUAAUUCCAUUUGUUAUCAUUUUCACAGAUUUAUCAUUCUUUUUAUCAAGUUGGGUUUUAGGUGAACAUUAUUCUUAUUCAUUAAGUUUUGCUUUAACUUUUAUUUUAAUGAUAAUUUCAAUUGUUGAAACAAAUAUGAUUAUUGAAUAUUAUCAAUUAUCUUUAGAAAAUUAUAAUUGGUGGUGGAGAUCAUUACUUGGUCCAAUGGUAACAGGUUUAUAUACAUUUAUUUAUUUUAUUUAUUUUGGUAUUACAAGAAUUGAAACAGAAGGUGUUGGAUUUUAUUAUUUUAUGUUUAGUUUAGUAUUUUCAAUUUUGGUUUCAUUAUUUUGUUCAAGUAUUGGUUUUUUAGGUAAUCUUUGGUUUACAAAGAAAAUUUAUUCAACUUUACAUUUUGAUUAA